AUGAUUGAUACUUUCCUCCCAAAUGCUGUUGUUUACCAUAGCCAUGGUACCAUCAGUGACCACAAGCAGAGGAAGGAAUUUUUCGAGAAAAUUUACGGAUUUUUUAUUCCGGGGAUCUCCCGCAGUGCCACAAACCACAUCGUUGAUCAUGAUGAAGAUGGAGGUGUGAUUGUGCGGUAUCAGGAAACCCUUAUCCGAUAUGGUUGGCCGGGUGACGACACGGCUGCGUUUACUCAAGAGGAUGUGGUCAGAGAGAAUGGACUGCCGGCCAUAUGGUGGAUUGGGACCAACAUUGAUCGGCUUCGAAUGACAUCCAACGGUUGGAAGAUUUUUGAGCGGUAUCUUGGAACACCUUUCAGAAAUGGCGCUCUCGACCUCGAUCGAGCGCCUGAGAAAGUGUCAACUGUGUGA